AUGGCUGUCCAGACCCUGACAUGGCUAGAGAUGGUUGAAGACGAAAUAUCACUCACCGAUGUUGAACACAUUCGGGAUGGCCCAAGAAAUACAGAAGUCGACCUCUCUUCACUUCUAGACCACUUUGACCGUAUUUCUCACUGGCGUCCAUCCGACGAACCCCACGUUUACGAUGGCCGGCUACCGGAAAUGCGUAGUAACAGGGAAGAUGACACACAGAGAGAGGAGUCGAUUCAGACUUUCACACCCAGAUUCUUUGCCGCACUUGACAAGAUGCCUAAGCUGAAAGAGCUUAUCUCUCAACCGAUGCCUAUCGCGCGCGAAUUAACCACGCCAUCGGGACAACCGCCAUUACAGUAUCCAUUCACUGGCCAGCUGUUCCUUCAAGGCACGCCUGAUGCAUGGGGCAGCCGUAAUGAUGGAUUUUACACCUUGAUGAUCCCAUAUUUAACACACAGAGCUAAUCUGCAUACUCUUACACCCAUCACUAGGCUCUGUCUCGUUGACGAAUCCAUUUGGACAUAUCUCAGAAGACUCGCGGGAUCCUUUGCCAAAUGCCUUGAGAAUUUGACGCACAUAAACCUUUGCAUCUCCAACAUUCGAAACCUCGAAGAAUUAGACUGUGCAGGUUCAUAUCUCAAAGCGGCAACAGCCCUUGAAGAAAUCAUUUUAUGCCUUAAUCGUUCUGGUGUACACCAAAAGCGUACACGGAACUUCUUUGGCCUUUUUUUCCCAUCUGAUUGCCAGUAUCCAAAGCUUCACACCUUGAAACUUGAGAAUGUACCCUUUACACACCGUUCAUUACUUGAAUUUGUCACAAAAGUUGCUAGCUCGCUGAAAGACCUCACAUUUCACAACUGUCAUGUUACCAUUCGCACAAUACAUGCGCUGUCAAAGAUACCUGAGCUGGAGCUGAAGCGGUGUGUGUCCACCACAAUCCAGGUGAAAAUUGACAGCUUGGAGGAAGUGAUACUCAAAUGGUAUGAAUCUGAUAACGAAAACUACGAAAGGUUGGAUGAAGAAUACGACGGCGGUGGAGAUGUGGAUAUCGAAGAAGACGAGGAUUCUGACGAGAUACCAAUGAUGACGCAGAUAAGCUGGGUCGAAAAGAUUACUCGAAAAGAUCGACGGUUGUCAGAGUAA